UUCAAGAUUUCAGUCACCACCCGUGAAACUUUCUUACAAUGAUCUCCAAGAAAGUCUCAAGAACAUCCAGUCUCGAAUUUCCCUCAAUUGUCGAGAACAACUGGCCUCAUAUGCUCUGGAAAGUCUCUCCGCGAACGUAUUGAAGCGUUUCACGGUUGGGAUGUUGGUGGUGAACGACAUGGUGGAGUUAUGGCAUUUUGACCGUGCAGGCCCUCUGGGUACCUCAGUUUUGAAACUAGGAGACGACAAUGACUUCGAGGUUUUCAUUGAUGCUGUCGCCGCAAUUGGUUCUGCCUCCUCGUUGGAUCUUGGUUUCGACCCGUGUUUCUUUCACGACAGUCCAUGGCCGCACUAUCCAACAGAUUGUCUUGUAAAGAUACCCUCGGACGACCCUUCUGGAAAUGCAGGCCCCUUCGUAGCAAGGAUUUCGUCAAAUCACCCCUUCGACCAGCAUCGUUGCCUGAGUGGCAGAGGCACACGCAUCCUUCCUGUCACAUUGACCGGCGACCCUAGUUCCCAUAUCUAUGUCGCUAAAUUAGCGUGGCAGCCAUCUUCGCGAACGGCUGAAGCCGAGUUGUAUAGAAGGGCUGGCGACAUUCAGGGACUCCCAAAGAUUGUCUUCUCUGGAGAGCUUGGGACGCUAUCUCAUGGUGUCCGAGGCCGUCUCGAAGACUUAUUGCCCUUUCAAGAGUCCCUUCCAGGUGACCGUGUGCUGCGAGCCAUAGUUAUGGAGAAGAGGUUUUCACCUGUCUGGGGCCUCAGAAUGGAUGGUAAGCCGAGGAAAGAUCGCAAGGUCUUAUUAGCACAGCCUGAUAAACUUCUCAAAAUGAUGCGCUCAUGGGUUUCGAUUCAUCGUGCAUUGUACGAGAGGGGUAUCCUCCACCGCGAUAUUAACCCGGGAAACAUCAUGUGGCAGGAGGGAAAAAUUGAUCCUCAAAAAAUCGCGGCCAAAGCGCUCCUCGUUGAUUUGGACUUCUCAAGCGGUCCGGAUGAUGAUCGGGGUUACGUUCCCGAUGAGGUCCCCUUCACAUUUUCUACACCCUUCUUGGCUCUGGAUCUUCUCGAAUCGUGCGAUAAACCGCAACCUCACCUCUACCGUCACGAUCUCGAGUCCUUCUUUUGGACAUUUCUUUGGCUCACCCUCAGCUUCGCAAACGUUGAGUGUAAUGGCCGAUCUGCAUCAUCCUGGCAAAUUGGAAGCAAGAAGAUGAUAUACAACUCAAAGCGUAGCUUCCUUCUUGAUAAUGGUCACGAUGACUUCUUCUCGGAGUUGACUAAAGCAAAGCCGUCAAAUGACAGGCUUGUUAACAGCUUGAGGAGACUCAGUUCAAUGUUUGAAGCGGGACACAAGGCCCUUGUGUCUGGGGCGGACCGCGGAACCGCAGGGAAUUACAUAACUUAUGAAAAUUUCAUGAUAGCGUUAGAGGGGUGAAAUUUGUGCUACGAACUUCUGAGUAUCUUCAUGUAAAUGUUAUGCGAGACGUGAUAAUCUAGUGUUUCUUCCUCGAAUGUGGCUUUCUCGGUUGACUGAG